AUGGAAAGUAGCAGUGAAAGAUUUCAUGAGAUUAUCCCAUCCUCUUCCGAUAAUGUCGUCAGUACUCAACAAACUUCAACUAUAUAUGCCCGAGCAAAGCAUGCCUUUAAAGGACGAAACAACGAUGAGCUUUCAUUUCGAAAAGGUGAUGUUAUCACCGUUACACAGCAAUUGGAAGGUGGUUGGUGGGAAGGAACGCUACAUUCUUAUACUGGAUGGUUCCCGGCGAAUUACGUCAAUAUAAUAUCCGAAUCUGAAAGAUUUUUGCCAUCUCGAAAUAAUGGUUCUCCUAUGUUAAAUGGUGAUGGUCUGUCAUCCGGUCCAACAAAAGAAACGCCUCUCUUUUCGAGUGACACAAGUCGACAAGCUUAUCGGAAACAGGUAAUGAAAGAUUUCCUGGAGGCGGAAUUGAAUUACGUUGAUAGCGUCACAAAAUUUAGUGACAAUACAUUAAUCAAAGUUAAAGAUUCUAAAAAGAUUUCUGAAAAGGAUUUUCAAGUUCUUGCUGGAAAUCUACAGCUUUUGAUUACUCAUCAGCGUGAAUUAUUAAGUGAUAUCAAAGAAGCUGCUGAAAAGGAUGCAACCAAUGCUCGAAUUGGUGGUUUACUGUUAAAAGCAGCACCAAAUUUACGACAUCUUCUCAGGCUUUAUUGCGAAAAUCAUCCAAAGGCAGUGGAUCUCAUCCUUAGAAAUAAAGAUCUUUAUGAGCAAUUACUAAAUGAAAUAGAUUGUCCCUUGAAAGAUUUAAUAUCUGGAUUGAGUCGUCCAUUCCGACAUUUGGAAACAUAUCCGAGUAUGUUAAAUGAACUGGAACGUGGCAUGCACGAAGCACAUCCCGAUCGAGGUGACACACAGAGAGCUGCUGCUGUCUUUCGUGAUAUUGCUAAUUACUGUGGAGCUUUACGGAAACAGAAAGAGAUGCAGUUGGAAUUACUUGCUUCUGGUUCCAUUGAUGGUUUGCCAUCCGAAGAACUGAAAAAACUCGGAGAAAUUUUGUAUAUGAGUAUUGUUGCUGUGGAUGACAUAAAAGCUUCUUCUGAAGAAGGCUUGUCUUGUGAUAGGUGUGUAAUAUUGUUUCCAACAACAUUGCUUAUUCUCGAGAUCACCUCAAAUGUAAACUCAUAUAUAAUGAAGAAGAAAAUUUCUCUUGAAAAGCUGUUUUUGAAAAAGGCAGAGAACAAAACAGCACUGAUUCUUUACAAUGCUGAUGGUUCAUCAGAAAUAGCAAUGAACUUAUUGUCAAAUGAUGAACUACAAAGAUGGAUUGAGGCCUUCUCAUGCUGUACAAAUUUAACAGUAACUGAUGACUGUUGCGACCUUAUCUCUUCUUUUGGACCUCAGAAAAUCGAUAUAAGCGAUAUGCACAAUAUGGAAAGAUUGAGGAAUGCUGAUGUACGUGACAGUGGUAUAGAUUUAAAUUAA